AUGCUGCUGCUGCCGCCGUCUGGCGAUGACGUGGAGGCAGCGCCCUCAUGGGCCAGCAUCGCCGGUGCGAACUGGGGCUUCUUCGGUCUGCUUGCGAGAUUCGGGAGGGCCUUCCACACGAUACACAAAGAGGCCGGUACGCCAGUGGCAGCCUUCGACCGCCUGCGUGUGCUGCAUUUACUGGGCGUCAUGUACCACGAGGCCAACGGCGCCCACGUCGUUGACGCGGAGGCAGCCGAGAUCGCACGCCUUGGGCAGGGGGGCAGCAUGCUCUGGAGCAGCAUCGCUGCCAGGGUAUCCAGGUCGGAGAGAGUGGCGCGCAACUUUGCAACUGGAGCCGCCGCGGUGCCUCUGCCUGAGGACCCCUCGCGAGGGCUGGCACUGUUCCUGAUCUGGGAGAGCCACGUCGGGCUACUGGACGGCCUGGACGCGCUCUCGCUGCCAGGGGUGCUCCUGCUGCAGAUGCCGCGGGCUCUGGAGCCAGCCGGCAGCUCCAGUGCGGAGCGGCAGCAGGACGCGCUGGACGCGGCGAUCAACCAGCGGCGCGAGGGAGGGCGUGGCCAGCGGCACCCAGGCAGCGCCCCGCCGCUCGCAGAGCCGGUCCAGGGCGAGGUGAGCCCAGCAGGGCCGCUCUCCACCAUGGCGUCGGCCGGGCGCUGGCGAAGCAGUGCGUGUGGCCGCUUCCCGCACUGCAUGGCCCUCCACGGCAUCAACUCCCUGCGGGGCCACACGGCAGCCCUGAGCGCUCGCAGUGCGCAGGGCUCGGAGGAGUUGCGGUGCGGAGUGGCCGUGCGGACAGUGGCCCGGCGGACCUUGCUGGGCGAUCGCCUGCGUGCGCACUGCAGGCUGCAGUGCGAGACGCCGGUUGUGGAGGUGCUGUGGAGUCAUGCCCAGAGGGUGUUGGACGCAGAACCGGGCAGCCAGGUCUUUCACUUUGUCGACGUGGGCGCGCAUCACGGAGACUGCUUCCUCGCCGCCGUGGCGCUGAUGCCCGAGGGAUCUCUCAGGGGCCUUGCGGUGGAGCCCGACGCCGAGGCAGUGCAGGUGCUGAGAGAGAACAUGAUCCUGAACAAGAUCGCGGACUGGGAGCACGCAGGCGGCAGCGGCAACAUGUCCUGGGUCGGUGUGCGGCCAGUGGUCGCGCUCGACCGCCUGGUGGAUGGCCAGCGGCUGGGGGUCCUGCAGGGCACCGGAGGCGGCACUCUGGUGGACACCGCGUGGCGCUGCGAGCAGGCCUCCAAGGCGACCGAGCACGGCUCCUACCAGGGCCAGGUGCAGGCGAGCACGCUUGACGCUGAGCUGCCCGCGUUCCUCGCGCGCUCGGGCAGCCCCACAGUGGACGUCCUCAGCAUCUUCGUCAACGGCGCGGAGCUCACCACGCUGCGCGGCGCUGAGGACCUGCUCCGCGAGGAUCCAGGCGGGUCGGCUGCCUGCUGGUGCAGCUCCCCGCCACCUGCCCCGGGCAGAACGAACGGUCGCUGCGUUCCUCCGGAAGGUCGGCUACCGAGCGGAGCUCCACAGGGACGGGCGCUGGCUCCUCGCCGCGCCGCGGCGGCUGGCGGCAGGCGCCGGCGGCGCUGA